AUGGCUAAAGCGAAAGUGGCACCACUGAAGGCGGUAUCGGUACCUCGUCUGGAGCUUAUGGGUGCGCUAUUGGGAGCAAGGUUGGCAAAGGCAGUUGGAGAGUAUCACACGUUUCCUAUCCGACGUCGUAUCUUCUGGACAGAUUCAGAGGCAACGUUGGCUUGGAUCCAGUCACCACAUCACCGGUACCGACAAUUCGUGGCCUUCAGAGUGGGAGAGAUCCUGGACAAGACGGAAGCAGCAGAGUGGAGAUGGAUUCCUACGCAACAAAACGUGGCUGACGAAGCUACUAAGUGGGGAAGAGAUCCUAGCACCAACGUCCAGUCCCGUUGGUUCAAAGGCCCAGAUUUCUUGUAUCUACCGGAGUCAGAAUGGCCGAAGAGGAUGUCUACAAAACAACUUGAGACCGACAUAGAGUUGCGGCCCUGCCUGGUACAUCAUGAGCGAGUCGUCGAGGACGUCAUCAGCUGGACGAACUUCUCCAAAUGGGAACGCUUGCUAAGAGCGAUCGCGUAUGCUCACCGUUUCGUAUCAAACUGCCGCCGAAAAUCCAAGAAGCAGCUGCCAAUCACCGGUUGUUUGUCGAAGGAAGAACUACAGAAAGCGGAGAACAGUCUCUGGAUUGUAGCACAGGCGACAUCGUAUCCGGACGAAAUAGCGGUGUUGAAGCUGAGACAGGGGAACCAAAAAAAGCAUAUCGAGAAAACAAGCCCGAUUUACAAACUGUCUCCUUUCUUGGACCAUCUGGGCGUAAUGCGGGUUGAUAGUCGCAUCGGAGCGGUCCCUUAUGUCACGCAUGACUUCAAGUUCCCUAUUAUCCUUCCACGCAACCAUCGGUUGACCACGCUGCUUGUCGAUUGGUAUCACCGCAAGUAUCUACACGCCAACCAGGAGACAGUUCACAACGAAGUUCGCCAGCGUUUUCAUGUUUCCAGCCUGCGUGCAGUAGUUCGUCGAGUAGCGAAAGAAUGUCAAGCGUGCAAAAUCACCAAGGCGGCGCCAACUACACCAAGGAUGGCUCCUCUACCAGCUGCUCGGCUUGCGGCCACAGUUCGUCCAUUCUCCUAUGUUGGGUUGGAUUAUUUCGGUCCCAUACAAGUCAGAGUCGGCCGCAGCUGCGCCAAACGGUGGGUUGCUUUAUUUACGUGUAUGACGGUGAGAGCAGUCCACCUGGAAGUCGUCCACUCGUUAUCUACGGAGUCAUGUAAGAUGGCACGCCGGGGAUCACCUGUCGAAAUUCACUCCGAUAAUGGAACCAACUUUCUGGGAGCCAGCCGUGAACUACGAGAGGAGAUUGAAGCCAUAGGGAAACAACUACAAGAGACGUUCACGAGCUCGGCUACCAAGUGGAUUUUCAAUCCACCAUCCGCUCCCCAUUUUGGUGGUGCUUGGGAACGUCUUGUAAGAUCGGUCAAGAUUGCAAUGGGAUCUUUAUGUAGUGAUAGGAAUCCGGACGAUGAAACGCUGCUAACCGUGGUCACGGAAGCAGAAGCAAUUGUGAACUCCAGACCACUCACAUUCAUCCCGCUGGAGAACUCCAACCAGGAAGCACUAACACCGAACCCCUUCAUCUUGCUGAGUUCGAACGGUGUAUUGCAACCUCCAAGAGCACUGGAUGAACCUACGAAGUGGUUCAGUGAAGCGGAAGCGGUAAACGUGAACGAUCUGGUGAUAAUAGUAAACGAGAACCAGCGCAACGGAUGGACCAGGGGACGUGUCCUAUCGGUUAUAAAGGGAAGCGAUGGACGUAUACGCCAAGCGUUGGUACAAACUACGGGUGGAGUGUUCCGGCGUCCAGUCUCAAAGCUGGCAGUGCUGAAGGUGCAAUCUGAUGGUAACGUUGAUUUGGUAGCGAAAACGGAAGUGCGUUACGAGUCGGGGGAUGUUGCCAAUUCUAGCAGCACUGAAAUAAACGUCAGCGUGAUCAUAAACGUCAAGCGACAGCAAUAUGAACAAAAGGUACAGGAAAAAGGGAACAAUCCAGCCAUACCGAAGAAGGAAGAUUGA